CUAAAAAAAAUUUUCCACCCCGCAAUCUCCCCCUCACGUGUAUGAAAAUAAUUCUCAACGAAAUCUGUCGUCAACUUGUAACCAUAUAUUCCAGUUUGUCUUUUUUGAAUGAGCCAUAUGCACGUUUACUUAAGAACACCUCAUCUUUCUUUCAAGUCUUGAUUUCGUGUACGUACGCGAGAAAUUUAAGGGAAAGUUAUUCCAUAACCGGCUAAGAUAAAUAAUAUCUCUGUGGAAAAACGAGGUGGCACAGGAAAAAAAAACGACAAAAGAAAAAUAGGGGUGAAUUUUUAACAAUUGACGUCAUCGUAGACAUGUCACAUUUUACAUAAUCCGUACAAAUAAAGUCAAACUGGCUGACAGAACAAUAAAAAAGAGUGAUCUUUACUUACCAUGAAGUAAAAAGAGCGUGCCGAAAAAAAUCAUGCCGGAAAAUUAAAGUCGUGUCGGAAAACUAAAGUCGUACCGCAAAAUUAAAAUCAUCUUGCCAGAAAAUUGAAGUCGUACCGGAAAAUUAAAGUCGUGCCGAGAAAAAAAACUGAGAAGGUGAAAAAAUUUGAUGAGAAACGUGAGAUAGUACUUACUGAGCUCCGUUUUCCCUCCCACGGUAACAGUUCAAUUGAAGGAUUUGUAAAAUACCGCCCACUAACACAUUAAGUAAAAAUUUGAUAAAAUGUUGUAAUUUUUAAAGGAGACUAAAUCCUGCUGUGCAACAGCAACACCAAGGCAAUUAUCCGCAUCUUUUUACCGUCAUCCCGUCAAUUAAUUAUUUAAGCACCUCUUUCGCUUUUAGCGCCAAAAGGAACAUCUGUUAUCAGCGUGAAACAAGCCUCAUUGCAAUUGGUUAUUGGUGAUGAUAACCCAUCCUUUAUCAUGAUUUUCUUGCUGAAACGCAUAUCAGGCCGGAACAUCAAACCAAACUCCUCAAAAACGUCUUUCCAAAGUCUGAGCGUCGUUUGUAGGAAGUCUUCAUAGUUACUCUAACGAUGGGAAAAAUAUGAUCAGUUCAUACAUUGGGAUUUAUUACUUGAUUCAAGAGCACUAAAGAAUUUUCGUGUACGCGCAACAAAGAAUAUGGGGGUUUUAGAAAUACUAACAUAUGUUGGUCUCUCUGUCUCGAGUUUCAGUUUUCUGUUAGUCUUAGUGACUUACUCACUUUUUAAACAGCUUCGAACUUUACCCGGAAUCAACUUGAUGAAUUUCUCUAUGGCACAUUUGUUGGCAGACCUACUUUUCCUUCUAGCAGGAAGUGCAACGAAGCUCACAUGUACAAUAAUCGCCAUUUUAAUGCACUAUUUCUUUCUGGCGUCCUUCACCUGGAUGUCAUUCAUCGCGUUUGAAACGUGGCGAACUUUUUCCACAAUCUGCAUACAGCGCAGAAAUCUGACCAGAAGUGAAAAGUGUCUUAGUUUAAUGCGAAGAAUUGCAGUGGGAUGGCUUCCUGCUUUUGCUGUUGUGGCAGUGUGUGUAGCAAUUCACCUGUUCGACGCUGAUACGUUUCUUUACGGCGCCCGCGCUACUUCGACCAAAUUCUGCUGGAUAAACAAUUCAACUGCGCUAUUGUUCGCGUUCGCUCUGCCAGUAUUUAUUGCCAUACUGUUUAACAUUGUACUCUUUUCCUUGACUGUGAUAGCUAUACGAAAAACAAACCGUCAACUGAGAGAAGCAACAUACCAUGCAAAAAACCGCAUAACUGCGGCUGUGUUCGUUAAGAUUUUCAGUUUGAUGGGCUUCACAUGGAUUUUUGGCUUUUUGCAACCGUUACACAGAAGCUUUGCAUACCCAUUUGUCAUAUUUACCACUUUCAUGGGACUGUAUGUAGCGCUGGCGUUUGUGUUUACGCCAAAAAUCAUGAGUCUAUAUCGCGCCAUGCUGUGCACUAACAAAACUGAGGUGGUUCCUUUUGGAGCUGAAGUAAAUAACAGCGCCCCUAAACAUGAAAGGCAAAAAAACUCAUGAAUGACUAGAUUUAUGAUUUACAAAAACAUAGCAAACAAAGCAGAAAUUCCGUGCCUUACUAUUUCCCUGCUUUACGCUGUAAAAAAUUCACCUACGGUGAUAUAACGAAAAGGCAAAAUUAGUCGUUCAAAAAUGUAAAAUGAUGUUACUUAAAAUGGAAUAAA